UCUUUAUCCUUCUGUCUUUUGGAAUUAUUCGAUUAAAGAAGAUAAUUCAUGGUGAGUUGGAGGAAUAGAGGGGGGGUGGGCAACCACCACGCACUGACGGGCACGCACGAUUCUGUGGAGUAAGUCGCCGUCGACUAAUCGGGCAUAUUGAUGAUUUUAUGUUCGGCUACAAUUUUCUGUUUAAGAACAUUCCUGCAUUCCAACCAUAAGAUCUAGGACUUGAUCUUUCUUCUACUCCAUCUUGUUUUUCCAUGGAUGGUUACAAUGGCAAGAAAAUAGCUGGCGGGCCCAGCUUGUCCCGAAAUUCUGGUCUUUCUUUUAGAGAUGCAAAGCAUGAGGACAGAAGUUUCCAAUGCUGCAACCGUAAAGGGUGCAGCGCCAGACAAAGCUCCAUCCCAAGCAUCCAAAGCACCCCUCCUGAGAAGCCCAGAUUCCUAAAACCUCCAUUUCGUUUUAAAAACAGUAAAUCUUCAAUUGCAAGUUCUUCCAGCUCAUUUUCAUCCACUACCAACUUCGGAAAAUAUUACCAUGAGCGGCAGAAUCAUGCCUCCUCUCUAAAAGAAGCAGCAGAUGUAGUAGAAAGCAGCAACAGACAACCAGAGAGUGGAGACAGUUUUAAUUGGGAUGUACGGUUUCGUGGAGGAAUUGAGAAUAAAAAUGGAAGAAUUGAACCAGAACAAUCGAGUGGUUCCACUGCUACAUCUUCCUCAAGAUAUGGCAAGCAAAUUAGUCGAAGAUUUGGAUCUGCCAUUCAGGACACUGCAAGUUCAUUUCUUCGCCGUUCCUCCGCACUAAGAUGUGCCACUCAAGCACCAAAAACCAGUUCUCCAGUGAACAGCAGGCAACAAAAUUAUGGUUUAAAUAACCCAGGCUGUGCAUCCAUCUCCGAUGUUCUUCCAUCAGGUUCCUCCAGUGGAUAUGAUACAAGAGAUGUUUCAUUCAGAAGAAAGUUACAGGUUGGUGAAGGUUCUUCAAAGGCAAUUUUGGCUCAACCAGAUCAGCAAGUGCCUCAAGAAGAAUCAAGACAGACUAGAAUCCAAACUAGUAGGGAUGUUGUAGUCUCUCGCAGGACCCGGCAUGGUUCUUCAGGUUUACAAAGUAGAAGAAUGAGAUUGAGUGAGCCUGAAUAUGAAUCCACUAUUCAGUUGGCUGAUCCUGUUUUGUUUUCACCACCAUCCAGUGUUCAGUUUUCUGCUCAAGAAGAUGUGCAGGAGAGUUCCCAAAGAUCUUUUUCGUCUGGACUGUCUUCUGUAUUUUAUGAUUCUGCAUUUAAUGGAAGGGCGGAGACAGGCCGCCGAAGCUCCCAAACUAGGUUGAUAUCUGGUUCUGAAGAUAGAGAUGAUUACAGACGCUUCAACAUUGAAGGAAUUGCAGAGAUUUUACUAGCAUUGGAAAGGAUUGAGCAUGACGAAGAGUUGACCGAUGAGCAACUAAUGGUGUUGGAGGCGAACUUAUUCUUGGGAGGUUUGAGCUUCUAUGAUCAGCAUCGAGAUAUGAGAUUAGAUAUAGAUAAUAUGUCAUAUGAGGAGCUUUUGGCUCUAGAGGAGGAAAUGGGAACUGUGAGUACUGCCCUUUCUGAAGAGGCGAUUUUUAAGUGCCUCAAGAGAAGCCUAUACAGGUCUAACUUCACUUUUCCAAGGAGCUCUCAUCAAGUCGGUGAUGUAAAAUGCAGCAUUUGCCAGGAAGAAUAUGUUACAGGAGAGGAAAUGGGGAGUUUACAAUGUGAGCAUCGUUUUCAUGCGCAGUGUAUUCGUCAGUGGCUCAGGCUAAAGAAUUGGUGCCCAAUUUGCAAAGCUGCAGCUGCUUCCUAUAAAAACAAAACCCAAUCCUAAGUUUCAAUGCUACUUUGUCCAAAAUUAUUCCUCUCUUUGAACCUUUUUAAUCUAUUUGUGUACAUAUAUGACCCUGCUAAAUUUCUCAUUGAAAUAAAUUUCUUUUAGGACAGAUUUAAUAUUGUGUACAUUUCAACAUUGUUUGGGCAUCAGUGAAAAUGUUCA